GUUGUUGUUGAUCUUUGAUGAUGAUGAUGAUGAUUUUCUUGUAAUCCUGGUAGCAUUUUUCUUCUUUUAGCUAUAAUAUUCUUCAAUAAAUAGGAUUAUUAGAUAGUUAUCCGAAAUUUCAACAACAACAACAACAAUAAGAAACAUUCAAAGAAUAUAUCGUUUUUUCUGGUCCAAAAGUAAUCAAUGUGAUCCAAUGAAUCGUGAUUCAGAUGCCAAAUUUAAUAAUAAACAACAACACCAUCAACAACAAUAUAUCAUCUUAUCAUAUAGAAAUAGAUCAUUGAAAAGAGAUCUAAAAUUUAUUAACCAUCCAAAUACUUCCAUUUCGAAAAAUAAUGAAUACAUUACAAAUGAUCAUCAAUCAAAUAUUAUUGAUUGGAAAAAUCUACCAUUGGUGAUAUUAUAUAAAAUAUUUGCCUAUCUUUCAUCAACGGAACGGUUGCAAGCAUCAUCUACCUGUAAUUCAUGGCGAAAUGUUAUCUAUCAUUCAACAUUAUGGCCACAAAAGCAUUUAAAGGUCAAUCUUUGUCCACAUAAAUUUGUUUUGAGCGAAAAUGAACAUUAUCAGAACCAGCAGCAGCAGCAACAACAACACCAACAACAAUCUUUAUCAUAUGGUUUUCAUACAUUUCGUCUUCAAGAUUCAUAUCUUUAUCAACAAAAUAUUAAUAAUGUAACUUGGAUGAAGAUUCGUAAUGAUAAUUUAAAUAAUCGGAAACCAAAUCGAAAAAAUUUCAAUGAGCAGCUAAAAUUAUUUAUACAAAAAUGUUCACGUUUUUUAAAUGGCAUCACAUUUUAUUUUGAUCCAAAUUCAUCACACAAUGUAUUAGACUUGAUCAAAAUAAUCAAGUUUCUAUCCGAAAAUGAAGUUGCUAUAUAUGAAAUGAAUGAUAAUCGUCAAAAUUUUUAUGCCAAUUGUCGUAAUCUUAAAUAUUUUUCAAUUAUACCUGUAACUACAUUGGUACGAUGCGCUUCCGAUCAACGUUUUAUGUCACUUUAUUCUGGCCUAACCGAAGCAAUUCGUUUUCUAUUCUCCAAAUGUAAUCAAUUGGAACAUGUAUCGUUGGGUGAUCUACACGAACUUAUUCAUGCAAGUGAUGCUUUUCUGUCACAAUUUUUCAAAACAGGCGUUCAUCAAAAAUUACAAUGUCUACAUUUAAGUUCGAUCAAAGGUGAUAUUGUUCGAUAUUUACCACAACAAAUGACCACGCUUGAACAUUUGGAAAAAUUCCAUUCAUUAAAUCAUUUAUCAUUGGAUUUUGAUGUGCUCAAUACAAAAGUAAUCAGUAUUUUAAGCAAAAUUGAUACACUUCAAUUAUUGUCAAUCAACGUACAUCGUUUUAAUCGUAAUCAUCCUGGUAUAUCAUCAUCAGCAUGGUCACGAAUUGUAACCAAUCUGCCAAAUCUAAGUGUAAACCUUAAUCUAUUACAUACAGAAAGCAAUAAUUUUCAAAUUAUUAUCGAUUCAUUAUUGAAUACUGAAAUGCCUAUCAAACAUUUUAAAGCUUAUUAUCUUGAAUUUAAAGAUGAAAAUUCAUCAACAAUACUUUGUAAUAUGCUUGAAAUACUUAGUCGAACUCAUAUGAAUACUCUUGAAUCGUUGACAUUGAUCGAUCAUUUAAAUAGUCCUAAAAAUCAUUUAAAAGCUGUCACGCCAAAUGUUUUGAUCAUGCUUUGUUGGCGUUGUCGAAAUCUUAACAAUCUUACUGUUAUCGGUUAUGAAACAACCGAUAGAGAAAUUAUAGCAAUGGCUCGACUUCGUGGUGAAUCUCUACAAUCGUUUUAUUUUCCUUCCUGUUGCAUACAAUUAAGCGAAAUAUUCACUAAAUAUAAUUAUUCACCAGUUUUCAGUGAAUUUUUCAUCAAUUUUGAUAUGGCUAAUCAAUAUGCACAACGUAGUUUUCGGGAUGCUGUUUCAUUACCAUUGAAACGUAAUUGGCAACCAAUACCUACUCAUAAGAUACCAGAAAUAAUAGCUACAGGAUUUCUUCCUCAAACAACUUAUCAUCGAACCAUUUUGGAACAGAAAAAUAGUCAUUGUAUUCAUUGAUCUUUUAUCGUAUUUUUUUCGCUCAAGUAGGCGAUAACAAACGAUUACUGUGAUUAAAGAAAAAAAAAUUCAUUCUAUAAUAGAUAGUGAGAGAAACAAAACGAGGCAAAUCAUCAUCUCAUAGGAAAAACAAACUUAAAUUCCUGAUGAGUAUUCCGGAGGCCAAUUUAUCAUUUGAAUAGCUGAAACAAAAAAAAAUUUCGAAACUUAAUUCAUUUGAUCAUUGAAAAUGAAAGCGAAUCAUAAUAUUAAAAUUAAUAAUUGAACAUCAACUGUGAUAUGAAACAACGUAAAUAAGUAAAAAAAAAUAACGGCGAUAAAAAUAAUUGUCAAACUAAAUAUUUUUCAAUUGUAAUCAUCAACCAAAUAAUUGCCGAUUGCCUUUGAUUUUCAGUGGCUACAUCAUUCAAGUAUACGAAAAAAAAACAAAUAAACUAAUCAAUCAGCCAUUGAAUAUUAGAUUUUCAUCAUCAUCAUCAUUUCAUAUUAAAAAAACUAUCCAUCAUCAUAGUUUGAAAAAAAUUAUUUUAAAUUCUCACCAGCAACAAAAAAUUUUAAUUAUCAACCAUCAUAAAUAUCACCUUGAUAUAUAAUUAUCUGACACAUUCCUAUCAUAUGAUAAACAAAAACAAAAAUGACGCAACUAAAUCACCUCAAUGAAUAAACCAACCGAUUCGAUUGUGAUCUUCGACAUACAAAAAAAACAAUAUCAAGAAAAAUUUAAUUCAUAGUAAUUAAUCAUUAUCACCGGAUAAUCAGUCCAUUUUUCUUUCUGAAAUUUGAAUCUCAAGCUUAGUUUUGUUUCAGUCAUCAAUUUUAAAAUCAUCAUAAACUUUUUAUACAUGAAAACCAAAAAUACACCGUCGGCAAGCACAAUGAAAUUUUUUGUUUUCGAAAUGAAAAAUAAAUACAAAGUGAUUUGAAUUUCAAACAAACAAACAAACAUAUUGAUUAAUCAUUGCUAAAAGGAUGAAUAUUUGAAAUCACAAAAUUCAUCAAGCAUACGAACUGUGAUAUGGUGAAAACAAAAACAAAUGAAUAAUGAUCAUCAUAUUUUUUUGGAAAAUAUCUGAAAAUGUUGAUAAUAAAUUCUUGAAAUCCUUUAUAAGAUAGCUACAAUUUCUGACAAACAAAUUAAUCAAGCCAUUAAUUCUAUUUCUAUUAUUAUUUUCGUUGAUAUUUUGUUACCUCUAACCAUUUUCAAAAAAAAGAACCAGUCAAAUCACUUACAUACAUUUAAAACAAAAAAAAAAUGGUUUCAAAAAACCAACUCAAUAAUAACCAAACAAAUAACGAAUGCAUAUCUUUUUUCCUGUCAUCAUCAUCCCAUUAAAUAAUUGGACACAAUUGUCAUCCACUGUUAUAUUCAUAUAUUAUGAAUAUAUUGUUGUUAUUAUUAAUAA